UCCAACGUGCUGAAGGGAGGGGAAGUAAACAAGGCCCGCACUCUCUCUCUCUCCCCCGCCCCCCAUUUCUGCCAGGCCUCCAGUACUUUCCAGGAGAAUCUGGGCCCAGAAAAGACAGAGAGCGAGAGCGCGCCCGCGCGGGGGCGCGCGCGUGUGAAGGAGGGAGGAGGAACCAGAGAGGGACGACGACGGCGCCGCCCACAGCUGUGGCGCAGCAGGAAUUUGCGCUUCGGCGUGGCCUCAGGGGAGGGGAGGGGGGGAGAGAGUGGCAGGGCCCCCGGGGGCAGAGGAGGGGUCUCGCUGACCCGGCUGACUCUUGGCCGCCGUGAGACGCAACGAGGGCGGCGGCGGCGGCAGCAGGAGGUCGACGCGAGGGUGAUGCCGGUGUUUAUUUUUACCCGAGCGCCUCAUCCUUCCUGGCUGCCUGUGAGGAGGGGCGGCGGCGGCCCCCGUGGUCGCUCUCUGGCCCGGCCCCUGCGGCCUUCCUCGGGCUGCUGUGAGCGCCACAGCAGCCUAUAAAGAGCCGAGGAUGCAGCUCUACAGCACCAUCGUCACGCAUUACCCGGCGUCGUCGGCAGCAGCAGCAGCCGCAGCAGCAGCGGGAGGAGGAGGAGGCGGUAGCAGCAGCACAGCGGCGAACGGGCCGGGCGUCGUCUUCAAAGUCUCCCCAUCCCCGGAGCCUGUGGGACAAAGCCCGGUGGGAGUCGAGAGCGACGCGGGAGGUGGAGGUGGCGGCGGCGGCGGGACGCCAAGCGCAGUGGCAGCGGGAACCUCCAACGCCAUGCCGGCCUUUUCCUGCUUGGAGUUGCUGCCCCCGGCCGGGCCCGCGCCCAGGAAGCCGCAGCAGCCGUUGCCGGUGCAGUGCUACGGCCCCGGCGCGCAGAUGAUCCGCCGCAGGCCGUUGGAAAGAGUCGUGCCCAUCCGGUUGGUGUCGCGCCCGGAGCCCUUCUGCGCCACCGCGGAGGAGCUGUUGGAACGCUCCGGGUGCCGCCGGGAGGCCGGCUUGGAGGGCGCCGCCGAGGAGGAAGGGAGCUUCGGCCAGGUUCGCCCGACGGAGCGCAACGAAAAGCUGGCGCUGUACCUGGCCGAGGUGGAGAAGCAGGACAAGUACUUGCGGCACAAGGGCCGCUUCCGCUUCCACAUCGUCCCGGACGGCAACUGCUUGUACCGCGCCGUUUGCAAGGCCGUCAACGGGGACCAGCGGUUGCACGGCGAGCUCCGGGAGCAGACGGUGCACUACAUCGCCGACCACCUGGAUCACUUCAGCCCCCUCAUCGAGGGCGACGUGGGCGAAUUCUUGAUCAACGCCGCCCAGGACGGGGCCUGGGCCGGUUACCCGGAGCUGCUGGCCAUGGGACAAAUGCUGGACGUCAACAUCCACCUCACCACCGGAGGCAGGCCCGAGAGCCCCACCGUCUCCACCAUGACCCACUACCUAGGCCCCGAGGACCCCAGCCGGCGCAGCAUCUGGCUGAGUUGGCUCAGCAACGGGCAUUACGAUGCUGUCCUCGACUGCCAGUGCCCCAAUCCGGAGUAUGAGGAGUGGUGCAGGCAGACUCAGGUGCAGCGCAGGCGGGACGAGGAGUUAGCCAAGUCCAUGGCUGUCUCUUUGUCCAAGAUGUACAUUGAGCAGAAUGCCUGCUCCUGAGAUGGACCACCGCCCCAUCCUUUGCUGGUCGUCUUGGUGCCUUAAUCGUUCUCCAGCCAGCAGUUUGUGCCCUAAACUGAGCAAGAACUUGAGGAGAACAAAUCUAGACUGAGAUAUCUUAUGUAUAGGCUAUCAGAUUCCUGGCUAUUUACUUUUAUUUUGUAUAUGUUUGUUUCUUCUUUUCCGAUACACUUUGUUCUGUAAGGGAUUCUGUUCCCCCUUUUUUUCUUUUGUUGGCACAGUUUUGAAAAACAAAACUAAAAUAUUUUAUCUUAUUGUGGCUAAUACGGCUUUUGGCCUAACAGUUCCUUUCUGCUGGGAUUUGAAACUUCCAUCCCAUCCUUAUAUCAUAUGAAAGGGGAGGGUGGAAAGGUGUUGUAGCCCACUGGUUUUUUUUCUGUCUUAGAAGAGAUCAAAUAAUUUCUUGCUGCUUUGAGUUUAACAUUUAACUAAUUUUAAAAUGUGCAGUUAAGUAUAAGCUGGCAACAUUCAAGGUUAAUUGUUUUUUUAAAAAGGACAGUUGAAAAUGGCUUUUUCAAGAAUGGUACAGAGAACAAUUAUUGACUCAACUGUUUUCUAGAGUAAGGGGGCUUUUAAUUUAAUUGCCUAGUAGGUGCCAUUUUCUUUCUUUCCGGUAUUCAUUUACAAGCAACACAAAUCUGGUUUAGAAUAUCAAGGAGAUGAAGAAAUGUUUUCUUAAGAAUGGCCUCGAUUUGUGGUUCUUGUUCUUUUUAUUGAUAUACAUGCCUCCGGCUUGCCUUCUGAUGGUGCACCACUAGGUCUGUUUUAUCACAUUUUAUUCUUUAGAGGUUUUCUAAUGGCUAAUAAUGGGCGUACUCUGGUAUUAUGUAAAAAUGUAUUUAUACCAAGUUUGUAUGGUUUGCUGGGUCAAACAUUCAAGGUUGAAACCACCCAUAUUAAUUUCCAGUUAAAUCAAAAUGACUAGAAAUAUUUAUUAAGUAAUGAAGUUUGUACUUUUUUAUUUUGUGACUUCUGAAUUUAUACUGUAUUUGUAUAAUAGGAAUAUUCUUAGCUAUCCUGGAAUAAAUGUAUAGUUUUGCUUGAA